GCCGAGAUAUUGGAAUAGUGCGCUAUCUCUUGCAGAUCUGGGCGCUCGACACAGUGGAACGUUGUCCAAAUUUUGAGACACACAAGGUGCAUAGGACUGUGACAGAGCCAAAGGUCCUUGUGAGAAUAGCGAAAUGGCAAUGGGUCUGAUGAACACGGCAGAGGAAUGGAACUGUCCAAUUUGCCCGGACCUUCUCUACAAGCCCACAUCGGCAGUUUGUGGCCACUUGUUUUGUUUCUGGUGCAUGCACAGAGCGAUGAGUCCCUUUAAUAGCUCACGCUGCCCUCUGUGCCGGUCUUCGUUUGGACACUUCCCAGACGUGUGCAAUGUGUUGCAUCAUUUUCUAUUGCGAGCCUUCCCAGAAAGCUACGAAAGCCGUGCAGAGGAGACAAGAGAGAAUGAACAAGAGGAGGAAGUCGACUCAAUUGAGGUCUCUCCACCAGCGGCGAUCAGUGAGAACGUCCCUGCAAAGGCGGUGCCGGCCAAGGACACGCGCUGGAGCCUGGCAGACUUCUUGUGCAGCAGGCCGGACUGUGCGCAGCUGCUGAGGGAGCCUGUCAUUCUCAACUGCGGCUGCGCGGUGUGCAGCGGCUGCGUCCCAGACUCCGGCCAGCCCUGCGCUCGAUGCGGCGCCAUCUCCGUCACACAGCCCAAGCCCUGCACCAAGAUGAAGGACCUGGUGGAUGAGCUGUUUCCCAGCACAGACUUUGACAGGCUGCAGAGCGGCAUGCGCGCGAUAGCUCAGCAGCAGCAGCAGCAGCAGCAGCAGCAGGGGGAUGCUGCCCUGCCGGAGGCAGCGUGCCAGCGCGCAAAGCGCAAGACCAUGGACAUCAAUGUGGACGCCAGCUCAGCGCCCUCUCCCUCUGAGCAACCUGAGGGGGAUGUUGAUCCUGAUGGCGAGACAGCUGUGGAUGAAGCCUUAGAAGAAGAGCAGGAGCCAUCCACGCCGACUGGUCCUGCUGCUGCCAUUCAGAGCCGGCUGCAAAGCAAUAUGACGCACUUUGGGAUCGGCUGCGACUUCUGCGGACAGUAUCCUAUAGUAGGCAAGCGGUACCAGUGUCUGGACUGCCCAGAGCGCGUUGGCUUUGACCUCUGCGUCGCCUGCUACGAGCGCCGCUCAAAUGUGCACGGCCGCUUCAACCAGCACCACACUGCAGAGCACCGGAUGAGGGAGGUGGCGGUGACGCCCAACAUUCUGCACAUCCUGCAGGCGGCCAACCCGGACAUGGACAUGUCCCAGAUCCUCAACAUGAUGCAGAUGGCCUGGGAGGAGCCCGACGCGCCCAUCCCCCACGCGCACCGCGGCGGCCCCCGCCCCGCCACCGCCGACCCCUUCGCCCCAGGCAACCUCGCCGCCGCCGCCAUACUCGCGCACGGCCAUCUGCUGGACACCGCCGGCCCCGCGCACGGGAAUGCCCCGCCAGACGCGCCCUCUGCUGCCGACGGCGAGGCCCCGGCGGCCGCCGCGGCGCAGCCGAGCGAGGACACCGGAGCACCCGCCACGCCGCCGCACCCCGCUGUGGAGCCGGCAUCAGGCGGUGACGAGGAAAUGCCACAGGCGUCCGCCUCCGGGCAGCGCCUCAUGGGGCUGCAGAUGGCCGAUAACAGCUUCUUUGCCCUUCUCGUGCCGGUGUCUGGUGCGGCAGGCGCAGACACUGCAGCGGAAGCAGCAGGAAUAGACGCAUCAAACGUGGCAGACACUGCACAUGCUGGGACAGCCACAGGUCAACCUGCUGAGGAGGCUGCCCAGGCCGACAGUGUAGCAGAGAGCGAGGAGGCAAAUGAUGUGAACGACACUGGAUGA